AUGAAGGUCGAAGCACCCAAUAACGAUAAUUUCACGAGCGUCAGCGCGGUCAAGGAGUUGCCUGCUGUCUCUCCGGACUGGGUAGGGCUAACAAGAGCCAUCUCCGGAUGCCCUUUCGGUCAUGAAAAAGACUCAGCAUUAGUUCUGUCACACUUGAUCUCAAGAGCUGCGACUGGCGACGUUCAGGGGAGAUUCUUGCAACACUUGAAUCCGGACUUCUUUCCGAGCCAGAACAUCAUUUCCAGAAUUGUACAAGCACUCGUGUCAAUUGCCAACAUCCUUAGAACAGAUGCCGACGUCUCUAUCAUUUUUAUCGACAACCAGCUGGUUCGAGAAAAUGUGUUUUUGGGAGAUACCGAAGAGGAUGCCGGCCAACGCUUGAGCCGUGCGGGUUUGAUAUUCAUGGCAAUUGGAUGGAUAACGAAUCUGUUCGAUCCCGUAACAUCCUCUUCAUCCUCACCUGACGGUACUCUUGCCAUCAAAACCGAACUUGCGACCUGUUUCGAGACAUCCACUGUCAGUUCGACUCUCACUAGCAGACCAAUUGUUGAGAUGAUUCGUCAUUUUGGAGACCUUCUUCCUACACGGCGACCGGACCAGCUCGAGAGCAACCAAAGGGGCUUUGGCAAUCGAGAAGCUAAAGGGGCCAUUUCCGAGACACUCCAAGUCGCGAGUAUCAAUGUCUCUAGCCUAGAGCGAAUCGGCGGGAUCAAGAUUGAAUGGACCAGCUCCCUAAGUAGCCAUCUCGACUUCGACCCGGCGCGCUUUGAUACAAUUUCCGGAAAUGUUGUUCCCGUUCUCAAAAUAUUUCGGUAUCCGAGUCUAUGCUAUCAACAUGCGCCCGACUCUUCAGUCCUACAGAAGCUAUUGGCGAACUGGUAUGACGAGCACACAAAGCCACCUGGGUUCUCGGCAAAUGGGCUGAUACAAGAGAUAUUGAUCUCUUACAAAGCCCUCGUGCUCUUUGACCGCAACGCACGCAAGCUCUACCGUAACACCCUUCGAAGAAGCUUGCUGGGAGACCUGUUCGAUCGUGAGCUUGAUGCACUCUGCCUAGCGCAGGUGCGAUACUGGUAUCAGGAAUACUCUAAGAACCCUCCAUUUCCCAUCCGUGAAACCUUUUAUGCGACCUCUGAUUUUCCAAUAUUUUCGGCCCGCCUCUUGCAUCUCGAAAAUUUCAUCGAUAGCAUCCAGCCUAACCGGAUCUCGUCCCUUUGGAAGGACAAAAGGGAUAUUCUUCGAUGGUACACAUUUUGGGCCGUUGUGAUCCUAGGAGCCUUGAACCUUGUCAUAGCCCUGGCCCAGGUUGGGCUAGCAGCGGCCCAGGUUGAGCUAUCAAGACAGGCGCUGAAACCUGGUGGGUAG